UCAGUGCCGGGCUCCCGCCGCCGCCGCGGUCUCCUACUCCUCCGGCUUCUCCCGCUGCCCGCUCUCUCCGGGGGUCGCCGCCUGCCGUGAUGGGGCAGAUCGAAUGGGCCAUGUGGGCCAACGAGCAGGCUCUGGCGUCCGGCCUCAUCCUCCUGACUGGUGGCAUUGUGGCAACCGCUGGGCAGUUUGUCUGGUGGCAGUUUGGUGCCUACUCGAUUGUAGCUGGGGUAUUUAUCUGCCUGCUGGAAUACCCCCGGGGCAAGAGGAAAAAGGGUUCCACCAUGGAGCGAUGGGGUCAGAAGUACCUGACAACCGUGGUAAAGGCAUUCGGGCCCCUGACUAGGAACUACUAUGUCCGAGCCAUCCUGCACCUCUGCUUGGCGGUCCCUGCAGGGGUACUAUUAGCCACCAUCCUGGGCACGGCCUGUCUGGCGAUUGCAAGCGGGAUCUAUCUCCUGGCUGCAAUCCGGGGAGAAGAGUGGAUGCCCAUUGAGCAGAAGCCCAAGGAACGACUUCAGGUUGGGGCCACCAUCAAGCAGCCUCCCAGUAAUCCCCCACCCCGGCCCCCCGCCGAGGUCCGGAAGAAGCAGCCUGAGGAAGAAGCCGCAGGGCCCUCUGGGGGGCCCCAGGUGAACCCCGUCCCAGUGACUGAUGAGGUUGUGUAAGGAGACCCUGAGCCUGGCCUGGGACCCUUGUUGAAGCCCGGCCCCACCCCCACCUCCCUACUCAAGCGGGGACCAGCUUCCUCCACCACCGUGCACUCCCACAAAUGACCACCAGAGGGCAAAAGACAUAAAAGACCAGCACCCCUGUUGCCUGGGACAGGGAACCUCCUGGCAGGUUGUUUGGCCCCGGGGGCACAGCCUGUCCUAUUUCCCAUCUGUCCUCAUCCUUGGUCACAGUUUCCAGUUGCAAUAAUUAUUUUGUAAUAAAUGCAUCAGGGUAAAA